GUAGUCGGCUAGUCGCUAAAUAGCGGAAGAGCUAGUACCUCUCUCACCACUUGUAAACAAAAAUGAACAGCUUUAGAAAAUUAACGUCGCUUCAUCGCGUCUUCCCUCGAUUAUCAGCAACGGCUACUCAGCAAAUCCAGCCACUGAGAUUAUCUUCUCAUUUUACCUAUCAUCCUGACACAGUUCCAGAAUCAGAAGGUGAAACAGCCAGAAUCAAUCUCUUCCAAGCUGUAAAUCAAGCCUUGGAUACUGCCCUUCGUACUGAUGACUCUGCAGUUAUAUUUGGGGAAGAUGUUGGCUUUGGAGGUGUGUUCCGAUGUACUGUUGACCUUCAAGACCGGUAUGGAAAAGAUAGAGUCUUCAAUACUCCAUUGUGUGAGCAAGGUAUUGCUGGGUUUGCGAUAGGAGUUGCUGUUGGAGGUGCGACAGCCAUAGCAGAAAUGCAGUUUGCUGACUAUAUUUUCCCAGCAUUUGAUCAGAUUGUAAAUGAGGCAGCUAAAUAUCGAUACCGUUCAGGAAAUAUUUUCAACUGUGGAAAAUUAACUAUUAGAGCACCAUGUGGUGCUGUUGGACAUGGAGCCCUUUAUCAUUCACAGUCCCCUGAAGCUUACUUUGCUCACACACCUGGUUUAAAGAUUGUUGUUCCCAGGGGUCCUAUCAAAGCUAAGGGACUUUUGUUAUCAUGCAUUCGAGACAAUAACCCCUGCCUGUUUUUAGAGCCCAAAGUGCUCUAUCGUGCUGCAGUUGAGAUGGUCCCCACAAAAGAGUACACACUACCUUUGUCUUCAGCUGACAUUUUGGAUGAAGGAGAGGAUGUUACACUGCUAGGAUGGGGAACUCAAGUACAUGUUUUACGGGAAGUAGCACAGUUGGCACGUCAAGAACUCAAUGUGUCAUGUGAAGUGAUUGAUCUUGUCACUAUUCUUCCUUGGGAUAGACAAACAGUAUUUGAAAGUGUUAAGAAAACAGGUCGUCUGCUUGUUGCUCAUGAAGCACCGAUCACCAAUGGAUUUGGAGCAGAGAUUGCUGCAGCUGUUCAGAAAGAAUGCUUCCUCCAUCUUGAAGCUCCCAUUGAACGAGUAUGUGGAUUUGACACUCCAUUUCCUCAUAUAUUUGAGCCUUUCUACUUGCCUGACAAGUGGCGUUGUCUUAGUGCCAUUAAAAAACUAGUCAAAUAUUAGGUUAGAGAAUUUUAAUAAGAACUAAGUGAUAAAUAUGUAGAUUUUUCAAGUAGUUAGGUAGUUUUUUUUUUUUUCCUUUUUGACAGCAGUUGGUCCACACCAUUCAUUGAAAAAUACUAGCGACAAAGCAUUUUAUGUAUGUUCUGUAGGUGAAGAUUAUGAUUUGAAUAAAUGCAAGUUAUACUUGUGAUAGAAAUCUACAGCUGCAUGUCAUCCUUUAAUUAUUUUCUUAGGAAUUUGAUUUAUUGUACGCAGCACAUACUUAUUAUAUAUACAAACAUGUAAAUGAACUUAUGUAUUAUUUAGUUUAGUUUCUUUUAUCUUUUAGUGCCAAAAGCAUUCAAUAUUUC